CCCAUCGUUAUAUGCUUCGCCUCUGGUAGUUUCUUUUUUAAAAGGCAAGCUCAAAGCCACAGAUUACAUUUUGCUCACAACCCGUGCGGGUAAAAUAACCUACAGAGGGAGCGACAGCGAGAAUCAGGCUCUCAUUUGGAGAGAGUUUGCGCGUAAACGGCACCGGGCAUCACUGGUGUCUGGAUAUUUUCUUUUCUUUUUAAGUUAUCGGUGACUGCAAGGUUGAAGGGACAGCGCAGGGGGGGAGCAGAGUGACUGUUUUAUGUGGAUUGCGAGCAUCGGAUGCGCAAAACAUUUGGGACUUGAAGGCACCUGUGGAUGCAACAUCCCCCUGAUCUUUGGACUCACACCGUUUACAAAGUAAGGAUUCGCCUCAAGAUAUAAUUGAUAAUCGUUGCGGUUUCGGUCAAACACCCUGCAGUUAAGACGAGAAUCGGACCAUGCUACUGAGUGUCUCCUUCCUGGUGGUUCCCCUGCUGACCAUAACCGGCUGCGGCUCGUCGUACGUGCCGUGCCAGACGUGCGAUCAGAAGGCCAUGUCCAUGUGUCCGCCGGUGCCGGUGGGCUGUCAUCUGGUGAAGGAGCCCGGCUGCGGCUGCUGCCUGACGUGCGCGCUCGAAGAGGGCCAGCCGUGCGGCGUGUACACCAGGCCGUGCACGCGCGGGCUCCGCUGCUUGCCCAAGAAUGGCGAGGAGAAGCCGCUGCACGCGCUCCUGCACGGACGGGGGGUGUGCAUGAACGAGAAGUUGUAUAAAAUGUUGCAUUCGUCAAAAGAUGGAGAAUCUCACGAUGAUGCCAUGCCACCCGCCCCUGAGUUGAUGCCACCCCAAACCAAGGUGCCCUUAUAUAGAGGCCACAUCGACAAAAAGAAGGCCCAGGCCAUGGAGCAGGCCAAUGUACGCAAGAACUAUCUGGCCAGGCCGGGACUCAUCAGGAAUACAGACUUCUCAGCAUCCAGCUUGGAUAAACUGGAGCCUGAGUUUGGGCCCUGCAGGAGAAGACUGGAUAGUCUAAUUCAAAGCAUGAAGGACACUUCCAGGGUCUUGGCUCUCACUCUGCACAUUCCCAACUGUGACAAGAAGGGCUUCUUCAAGCGCAAACAGUGUAAGCCGUCUCGUGGUCGGAGGAGGGGGAUCUGCUGGUGCGUUGACCGUUUUGGCCUGAAAAUGCACGGCAUCAACUAUGCUGGAGGAGACCUGCAGUGCAAAGGCCUCGACAGCAGCAGCAACAGCAACGAAUGACAGAGUGAACUGGUCGUACUAAGUUGAGCUCCAAACUUGCCACAUAAUGACUUCCAAUCCAGAAAAUAUGGCACAAAUGCUUAUAUAUAUAGUCAGGUGUGAUGGACUGGGCUGUUUUUAUUUUUAAGGGGAGCUGAACUAAAAAGCUUAAUUGGGUGAAAAUCUGCGCAUGUAAGUCUUUACUCUGGCUCCCCACUGACUGUGUACUAUGUUUGAGGGUAGCUAACACCUCACCUCUUUAUAUCCAUAGAUAAUAGAGGAUUAUAUAUAUUUGUAUGAUACUGAUAAUAUGUUGUGUACUUAUGAGUCUAUUGCUAAAUUUACUCUUAAGAACUUCUGAGACAAGACAUAUAUUAAAUGUGGCUAAAAAUCUCUAUUUUAAUUUGGUCAUGGUGACGAUCAACAUGAAAGACUGACAAUCACGAGACAUCACUGAAGAGUAAGUCAGUUCUUGUCUAAAUUAGCAAUCUUUUACUCAUUUUUAAUUGCGUGAAUGACAUCCUGAUGUAAGAGGCAUUUUUUUAUAUAUCCAUUAACGACGUCUGCCUUUUAAUUCUGCCUCCAACCUACUGUCACGGAACACUAUCCCACUUGUAGGCUAUUUUGCCAAGCAGGAAAAGGGGAGAAGGGUUCUGCAGGAUUCCUGUAGGAGGCUGGGUAUAUUAUAUUGUCAUCACAUGGGUCAAUCGUGAGUGGGCAGGAGACAGGCACAAUCAACUUACAGCCAUGUCAGCGUAAUAGCUAUCGUAUGUUUGUUCAGCAUCAAUUCAAAAAAUCAUUGGUCUUUUAUAACUAAUUGGAGGCAAAGACCUGCACACUUAAAGGAAUAGUUUGACAUUUUAGGAAAUAAACGUAUCCCCCUCUCUUGCAGAGAGUUAGAUGAGAAGAUGAGAGUCUCUGUUAGUUGCCUUGUUACCGCUCAGAGCCAAGAAAUAGAAACCGGUGCUCAAAAUCCAUAACAACUAAUUUUAAAUUUGGGGAAAUUAACUAAGAAAUCAAUAUGAAUCAUGUAAAUGAUUUUGCCAGUUUAGCCAGUUUUUUACAUCUUCAUUAAAGUCACAAUCACAAUGUGACAAUCUUGACAUCCCUCAGCUCUGUCUAAACCUCAGUGCUCGCUGUGCACUUAGCUGCAGCUGUAACUUUUUAAUCUGUCGAGUUUCAUAUGUUUCUGCUUGUUAAACAUGGUUGUAUUUUAUGCAGUCAACCCCUCAUAAAGUGAUAUUCUGGCUUUACCACCUCAGACAGACCCAUGGUGCUUUCAUCAAAAAGCAAUUAGGAUUAUACUAUAAAAGGUUAAAUAUUUGACUUCUCCUUUUGAAAGGCCUUUAUCAAGUCCAGACAAUUGUGUCCACUGUUUGUAAAUGUAUGUACAGUGUGCGCAUGCUCCUGAGUGUGUCUCUAUGUGUGUGUGUGUGUGUGUGUAUGUGUACUAUGCUGUAUGUGCCAUGCCCUUAUAGCUCACAUAGAGGCCAGCCUACCCAAGCUACUGUCCGACAAAUGUGGUGCGGCGCAUUUUCCUUCACACGCAAAUUGUAUGCAAAGUGCGCGCUUGUUUAUGUUUCCACACUUUCCUGUUGGUCGAUGGUGACUUGCUCUCAUGGUUCAUCAGGUCCUAUAUCCUGCAAAGAGCAAGGUUGCUGAGUUUAUGUAAAUGCAAGUGCCUUCUGCCCGACACCACUUUGAAUUUUGAUUUAAAUGCGACUCAUAGUGUCAUUGAAUGAGGGACAGUCCAGCACAAAAGAGGAAAAAAGUUUUGGUGUGGAUGUGGUCUGAAAGAUUUCCCAGUCAAGCACUGCCGAACGUACAAUGACAGAGAACAACAUAUUUGUUCUAAAGUUUAAACGUUGUUUAGAUUAUUUUUGUUGUUGUUGUUGUUGUUGUAAUCUUAAUGUUCAAUUAAUGACUCUUAUAAUCUCAGACAUUCCUAAUGCCUAAUCACUAUCUUGUGAUAUUGGGAGAGCAUUGGCAGGAGCUCAUCAGCCAAUUCUUCCCAGUGAAACACUUCUCUCUCUCAUGAUUCUAGCACACAUGUAAACACAACACAGUGACACUUUUCAGAAUCUCAGUUAAAAAAAAGAUUAAUGUGAACAUUACAGUGAAAUAUUUAUCAGGUGUGUAAUUGAUGUACUCGUGUUUUUUUUUUGUAAUGACAAAUCACUAUUUAAAUAAAAAUUCAUGUACUCACAAAA